AAGGAAGUGAACAAACUGAUCCGAAUCAUCACAAGGCUAACAACGUGUCGCCCUCUACAACACUCGGAAUGCAGCAAAAUUCACAAUUUUCAGAGCAUAUAUAAGGCGUUGGAUGGCCAAAAAACGACCCAUCUACUACCCCUGUGGCCACGCAAAUUCUAA